GAAGAAGUCCUCCUGGUCCUCGGGAACUAGUUUAGCUUGGGUGGUAAAGGUUGAAGAGAAACGUCGGGUUUUUUUUUGUUAUUAGAGUCUUUAAAUAAGCAUUAAACGCAGCAUGGCGCUUCUGUCGCCCUCGGAUGAUCUGUUCGACUCCAUCCUGAUGGCAGAUGACAGGUUUCAUGUUGAAGGCUAUCGUGAAGGUUUUGAGGAGGGAACCCGGCAAGGAAUGAUUGAGGGCAGAAACCAUGGGAGGCUACACGGGGCCAAACUCUCUGCUGAGGUUUCCUUUUACCACGGUUUUGCGCUUACAUGGAAAUAUCUUCUCCAAAACAGCGAGGACGUGAAAGCAAGGAAAAGGUUGAAAGCUGUUGAGUCUUUGGAUGGAUUGAUCCAGAAGUUUCCAUAUGAAGACCCACAGUAUGAGAACCUCCAGGAAGACAUGGAAAGAGUGAGGGCCAAGUUUAGACAGGUCUGUUCUUUACUGAACGUGGCUGUGGACUUCCGUGAGUACGUCAGUGGAUCGGCAGGAAUGGCUUUCUGAGAGACUGAAGAACACCUUAAACCUUGAGUGUCUCAGAGGUGUUUUCUAAUGUGGAGAACACCGAAAUAGGCAUAUGCCAGAAACCGUGCUGUCCUGCCCACAUGAAGAGUUGAGGUUUCUUGAGGUGAACACAGCGUUCCUGUUAUAAAGCCUCAGGCAUUUGGGGUUGAUGUGUAGAAGGAAAAAGUGACGAAAGUUGUCCUAAACUGAAAUGUCAGGUUUUUGAAAGUGCUGUGAAAGAGGCCUGCUGCUUGAUGGCAAGUGUGUAAUUUGUUUUACUUGAAAUAAGAGAUUCGUUUGUCUCUGUGUUCCAGAUCUCUUAAUGAGCAGCAUUAGUUCAUUCUGAUGCUGAAAGCUUAGUCUGUGUACACCAGCGCAACACACACUAACAGACCACCACCACAUGAGUGUUCUUGCAGUGCUGAGAAUAAUCCACCACUAAAAUAGUACCUGCUCUGUGAGGGUCCUGACCACAGAAGAACAGGGUAAAAGGGGGCUGACAAAGUGUCAGAGUAACAGAGUAACUACAGUCUGUAAUUGUAGAACUACAAAGUGCACCUAUAAAGUAAGUGGAGCUGAUAAAAUGGGUGGUGUGUGUGACAACAUUGAAUUCACUUUUGGAGUGCAAGUGGACAUGGACACCAUCUUGUGGUGAAAUAAUAGAGCAGUGCUCAAUUCAGUGAUGCACGUUGCCCUCUGCUGGAGAAAAUGAAAAUAACAAAUAUAAGUGAAGCAGGGCAUUUAAAUUUGCAGUCAGUGAGGAAUAUUUAUUGACAUUUUAAUUUCAUUGCUGGCUCAUUGAUGAACACACUGUUCUGCUAUUUAUUUAUUUAGUUAGUUUAAAUUGAAGUUUUUCUGUAUGGGGACUCCAUAUUCAUGGACUGUAUGACAUGUUCCUGAAAAUCUGAACAGACCAAAUUAGUAGCAGAUGUCAUGAAACCUAGAAGGCAUUUUAUAUAAAUAUGCCAUGUUUGAAAUCUUAUUCUAACCAUUGGUAGGAAUGAAGAAGUGAUAUUAAAAUUCACAUUAAAUUCAUUUUUGUAGUCUUUAGAUUCAUUCACAUCACUUGGAGUAAAUCCAAGAGCAAGCAUUGUGAAUAAUAGGUGAUAAAUCCAUUGUCUACCACCUUCAUUAUUUGUGAAUUACAGCUUGUACCCUGACUAAUAGGUGACAAUGUGAUUUAGCAAUAAAGAACUGAAUGCUUUGUUUUUGA